UACAACGACGUUUCUUCAGGUGCCAACCGAAAAAGUUGUCGUUGUUACCUUAUUCCGGGGCAGAUCGGGAGAACUGAGGUUUACCAUUUUCAUACUGUGAGCCUGAGGUUUGAAACGGUAAAAAGGCCGUCCAUUCAAUACGAUUAUACUAUUUUGUUAGCUUGAUCUCAGUCGUUUCGAAGUAACUAGUUACUUUAUUCCCAAGCCACACACACACACACACACACCUGUUAUUCAGUGUUGGAGGGUUUGAAGCAAAAAAGAUGCUUUAUGCUGCGCUCUGUGUUUUGGAAGUACAUUUAAGCUGAUCGGAAUCGCGUGUGUAAGCCAUCCACCGUCAUGGUGCUGCUGCGAGGUUUCUACCGGCUGACGCGGCUGCAGAAGACCAUAGUGCUGGCGGCGUUCGUCGUCUCCACCUUCUACUUGCUGACGGUGGCGUACGCGGAGCAUUGGCAACAUCACAAGCAGGUGCAGGACCGCGUGAACGAGGAGCUCCAGGCCACGCUGGCCCCGCUGGACGACGAGAUCGACAGCCACCGCAAGCAGGCCAAGCAAGCGCUGGAGAUGGCGGCGCUGGUCAAGCGGCCCAAGCGCGGCCCGCCCGGCCGAGUGCACCACUUGCCGCCGGAGCAUCGCGACGCGUUCGUGGACCACGACGCCGGCGCUCAUCAGCACAACAACGACGACGCUGGCAAGGAGCCUCAGGAGCACGUCGAUCACGACCGGCUGAAGACGGCGGAGACGACGACUGCUCCCGCAGUUGCUGUGGCAACCACACAGGUGCCCAGCGGCGAGGAUACGUCGCACACCCAGGCACGGUCGGUCAACGAGCGACAGCAGAAGGUGAUUGAGAUGUUCCGGCACGCCUGGAAGGGCUACAAGGCGCACGCCUGGGGCCACGACGAGCUGAAGCCCAUCUCGAAGUCGUCGUCGGAGUGGUUCCAUCUCGGCCUGACGCUGGUGGACAGCUUGGACACGAUGUGGAUCAUGGGCUUGAAGCCGGAGUUCCAGGAAGCGCGUGACUGGGUGGCUACGCAGCUCAACAUGGAUCAAGACCGCGACGUGAACCUGUUCGAGACGACCAUACGCGUGCUGGGCGGUCUUCUCAGCACGUAUCAUAUGUCACAAGACCCCAUGUUCCUCGAGAAAGCGAAAGAUCUUGGCGACCGGUUGCUGUCAGCGUUUGGUACCUCAUCCGGCAUUCCUUACUCCGACAUCAAUCUUCACACACACCGCGCUCAUGGCCCCAAGUGGAGUCCGGAAAGCUCCACUGCCGAAGUCACCACACUUCAGCUGGAAUUCAGAUAUCUCACGCAUCUGACCGGCGAUAAAAAAUAUCAGCAAGCGGCAGAUCGUAGCAUGGACGUGGUUCAGGCACUGAACCGGCCCGACAGUCUGGUACACAUGAUGAUUAACCCGAACAGCGGUCAGUUCCGUAUGGGCACGCUGACGAUGGGUGCGCGUGCUGACAGCUACUAUGAAUACCUGCUCAAGCAGUGGCUGCAGACUGGCAAGUCGGAGAAGAAAUUCCAUGACUGGUACGUGGACAGCAUGAUGGGAGUGGAGAAACGUCUGUUACGCAACAGCUCACCCAGCAACUUGCUGUUUGUGGGUGAAGAGAAACCCGGUAACUCCUUCUACCCAAAAAUGGAUCAUCUGGUGUGUUUCUUGCCCGGUCUGCUAGCGCUGGGUGCUGAGAAUGGUAUUCAGAAAGACAGGCACAUGGCGCAAGCUAAGGACAUUCUCAAGACGUGUCAUGAGAUGUACAGUCGCAUGGCUACCGGACUCAGCCCUGAACUCGUGCAUUUCAACAUGGCCGGGCAAGGAGAAGACAUACAAGUGCAUGCGAACGACAAACACAACCUGCUGCGCCCGGAGACGGUGGAGUCGUACUUCAUCCUGUACCGCCUGACCGGUGACAAGCGCUACCAGGACUGGGGUUGGGAUAUGCUGCAGGCGUUCGAGAAGCACUGUCGUGUCGAGGAUGGCGGCUAUACGUCUAUAUCGGACGUCACCAACGCCGGGAACACGCGACCGCGCGACAAGAUGGAGUCGUUCUUCCUCGGCGAGACGCUCAAGUACAUGUUCCUGCUGUUCUCCGACGAUAAGAACCUCGUCCCGCUCGACAAGUACGUCUUCAACACCGAAGCGCAUCCGCUGCCGAUAUUCACACCGAAAUAGAGAACAGAGCAGUUCGACUGGGGCCGCGUGCGCGCAGGCCAGAGGAGGACGUGCGCCGAAGUGUUGCCAUGGUAAUUUCCCGUCGUCGUGCUGGCAUGGCGAUGGAGUAUAUCAUGGCAACAGUGGUCCAAUGAUGUGAUGAUGAUAAUAUGCUGCUGGUGUUCGGUUGCAGCCCCACGGCCACAUGCUGCUACUGGUGUAUAGCAGAGUGUGCGUGCACGGGAGAAACGCUGUUUGGCUACCAGGUACUCCCAGUGAUAGCCUAGGCCAUUGAUAUGAGCUGUGCACUAGCAGUGUGUGUGUGUGUGUGUGUGUGUGUGUGUGUGUGUGGCCAUCAUGUCAACCACCAGUGUGUGGACAUACCGGCCAUCAUCAUCACUAGAGAUUUUAGUGGUGGCGGUUUGAUGAUGCUGCUGCUGCUAUUCCUAGAGACAACCCAGGCCAGGGAGCGAUUACUGCAAGUUGUGCUUCCGCAUCGGCAUCACCAACAACCCACCAUUGAGCGACCGGCUUUCCUGCCCCAGCAGAUAGCAGAGAUAUGUCAAGGCCGGCAUGCGUGGCAGCAACAGAAUCAGCAGCCUGGCCAACGCUUCUUCAUGGCCAUUGAGCACUAUUUGCGACUCACUCAUUGGUGUUCCAGUCAGCUGAACUGAGGAGCUCUCACCCCCUGCUUUCGUUUUCUUCCCUAUAUUUCUUGCUAUACCAUUACGACGUCGAUCCCGAUAUUUCUGGGACUGGUAUCUUCUAUAUUCUGUGUGUGUGUGUGUGUGUGUGUGUGUGUGUGUGUGUGUGUGUGUGUGUGUGUGUGUGUGUGUGUGUGUGUGUGUGUGUGUGUGUGUAGUUCACGAGGAGCUGGUCUUCUCGUACAUGUACUGUCUUCUAUUUUCUGUGCUGUGUUUUUAUUUCAAGUUCAACUGAUCCGGUACAUGUGUCGUGCCAUGAUUGGUCAACUGGAGAUGAUUGCCAUGGAUA